UCAAAGAUAGUAAAAGCACCAAAAGGUUGUAGAUUCCAGCAAGUUUACAAAUAAUGUUCCUUCGUACAACCUUGACUGUUGAAGGAAGAUGAAACACCUUCACUACUUACGUGUCCACUAAGAAAAAACUCCCACUUAAGAAACUCCUAAAGCUUUUGUUAUUGAAAAAUUAGUAAAUUGAAUAUUCCAUAUGUCUUGUUAAUAUAGAAUUCAAUUCAAAUAUAUAUCGAGCUUCCCAUGGAACACGAAAAGCAAAAGCAAGCCCUAACAGAGAAGUUGGAUACUACCAACCAGCUUUACCGAAAGUUAGCAGAGUUACGGACUGCUUGUCCUACGCUACUGAAAUUGGUACACCCAGAAAUAGGCACCAGUCAGAAGUUUCAGCAUAAAGCUCAAGAAGUGAUUGCUAGUGUCGAAGGAUUUAAAAAAGAUUUAGCUUACAACCAGUCGUUAUUUCAAUAUGUAACCGAAUCUUUAGCUAAGAAUCCAGAAAAUCUUAUGCCUACCUAUCCUCCUCAGGAGAAAGACAUUAUCGCGAGUCAAACAUCCACGGAAGACUUAGAAAUCAAUAAAGAUGGAAAACAGCGAGACCCUUCUCAAACUUCUCAAGUUCCGGAAAAGUUACAAGAUACACUCAAUAGCUUUGGAAAAAGCAUAUCAUCUUCCAAUUCGUCUAUCUCUGACUUGCAAGCCGAUUCAUUCAUAUUGGAAGUCUCCACAGGACUGAAAUUCCAUGUUAGCUUGCAACCCAAUGGUGAUUAUAAAGCUUUAUGUAUAUUUAGUAAAUUCGAAGCGACAAUGUUUUCUGUUAAUCGGUAUAAUCAGUUUCAGAUGCCCUUGUUUCUACUUCUCCCUCUUCUUCUUGACUAUUCAAACCUAUACUCGAAACCUUGUCAAAUUUGCAGAAAGGUGAUCUCUCCUAUUAAACUAGAACUUCCUUUAGUAAGGAAGUACGAUUCCGAGAAUAGCACAAAUGCUAUUCUCACUUUUCAUUACGAAUGUACACUCUCAAAAUGAGGCAAAACGGAUAACGUUUUCCUCCAGCUAAUGUCUUCGAAGUUAAUCGUACAAAUUCUUCAUGAACGAUUUAUGGCAUAAAUAUCUAGUUUCGUUUAACCGAAUUGAUGCAUAUUGAAUAGUCUCUUAAUAUUAUUAUUUGGUCUCUUGGUUCUAUACACAUG